AUGUGCACACCAUUGGUUGCCGCUGCUUGGGGGAGGUAUGGUGACAACGCUAGUGGGGACUACACAGAGAUCAUCCGAAUGCUACUCGAAAGAAACGCAGAUAUCGAGGCGCUCGGAUACCUAGAAAAAGGCAUUUCUGGAACUCUGCUCUUCAUUGCGGCUGUUUGUGGCAACGGGGAAAUUGUUCAGCUUCUUUUGGAUUUCGGAGCUCAGAAGGGUAUGGGAGGAACUGCAUAUGACCCGAAUGGUUAUGAGAUUGAUGCUAGCAGAUGUGACCAGACCCGGGCUCGAUCCGAGGACCUCAUCGGUGUUAACGAUGCGUCAUAA